UAGAGGAUGAAGAAGACUGCCUCACCCACAGACAGUGACACCCUUCCGUCUCUAUCUCUUUCGGUAUUCACCUCAAUAGCCAAUUAGUGGCGGGUGCACAGGCCAGUGCUUUAAAACUUUAUUUAUUUACAGAGUAGUGGGAGGGAAACAUAAAUGUUCGUCCUCAAACAGGGUGUGUGUGCUCCUACCCUCCCCGGUUCCUACGCCGGAUACGCCUUUGGGCCAAAUUCAUCAAUUGAACUCUUUUGUGUCUGAGAAAGAAAAAUGAAAACGACGUAGCGGAAGUUGGUGUAGUGAAGGCUUACAUUCCGUAAAAAUCGUGUAAUAAUGGACAGGACAGACAGUUCUGCAGCAAUGUCUGCACUUAGGUCAGACUACGGAGACUCUGAUGAAGAAACAUCACUGACUGUCGAUAACAUCUCUGAUGAGGAAAAUGCUGUCGUGUCAGUUAAACAUCAACCCCCAUCUGUCCAGUCUUUUCAAGACGACAGCUCCAACCAUUCGAGUGCCUCUGGAGUGAAUGCUGCCAAGGAGACUAAAAACACUAAAGUUGCAAAACGAGUGACAAAACUGGUGUCCUAUGGACCAGAUGACCAGGAUGAAGAUCAUGUGGAAACAGAUGAAGACGAAGAUGAGGAAAAUAAAGAUGUAGAACAGCAUGUUGGUGCACUGGAUGCACAAGAUGCUUCUGCCUUGUCUAGAAGUGUGAGGAACAAAUCACUAGAUGAGAUAGAAAUCCCACCGGAGCCACCAGGAAAAUGUUCUCCAGCAGUCCAGGAAAAGAUUUUGAAAAAUUAUGAAAAAAUGAAGAAAGGGAAUUUGAAUUUGAAUAUCUCAAUACAAAGACGAAAAGAUUUUCGGAAUCCCAGUAUUUAUGAGAAGUUAAUUGAGUAUUGUCAGAUUGAUGAAAAAGGAACAAAUUUUCCACCAGAUAUUUUUGACCCGCAUAUGUGGACUAAAGAAUCAUUUUAUGAUGAAUUAGAUAAAGCACAGAAGAAAGAAAUGGAGAAAAGAGAAAAGGAACGGAAAGAGAGGACAAAGAUUGAAUUUGUUACCGGGACAAAAAAAUUGUCCAGUGACACAUCUGGUGCUCCAGAAGAGAAGAGACGAAAAUCCAAAUGGGAUGCCUUGCCCAACCCAUCCACUAUUAACUUGACAACAUCUGCCACUGGGACCAAAGCAACUGUUAUACCAGCAGUUGGUAACAUCAUAAAGAAACCCAGCUACACACAGAAAUGAUAGAAAACUGGUGUUACAAAACACUGUGUUGAAACAGACCUCACUCACAGGGGAUGCAGUGUCAACUUGCCAUAACAGCAUUCCUAGGAAAACUCAGGACUAUGGUUUACUUUGGAGGUUUGUCACAAAACGAAAGUGGUCCAUGGAUAAUUGUUAUUGUCAUAGAUGUUAACUGGUGGAUCCUUGUGAUUCUGUGAUGAGAUAUGAAUGCAGGAUGACUGUUCACUGUAAACCCUCCUAAAAACAAACAAAACAAUAUUCCUUGGAAAAUAUGAGACUAUUUUGGAAAUAUUGUCAUGAACCGAGCAUGGUAUGUAUGGAUUCUCAAGUUUAUACAAUAUUCCAGGCUGUGUCGUUUGUGAAUAAUUCUACUGGAUCUUUGAUGAACAUUAUUCCAUGGAUGAUGCCAGCCGUGUAUUGUUGUAGAUGUGGACAAUCAAAGAUUCUCAUGGCUAUAAACUGACUACCAGAUGAAUCAUUUUGAUGAAUAGUUCCUUACCUUGGGGAAGCACUAAGCUGUGGUGUAUUUUGAGAAUUUGACACAGAUUUGUGCGUAUGGUUUGUGGAUAAUAUCGAUAGAUUUUAAUAGUAUGGAAUACAGUUCCAAUGAUAUACGUUUGUGCACAGUUUUCCGACCACUGAUUGACGUUAACAAGUCUAGAUUCAACUGUUAGUAUGAAAUAUAGCCGUUAUUGUUCAUGAAGAGAAGUCUUAAUUCGGACUAGUUUUAUGAAAUGCAACUCAAGGUCUGAAGUUAACUGUCAGUAAUUUGAAUACAACUUGAGUCUGAAUUCAGUUGUUAAUAGUCUGACAUACAGUUUCCACAGAAUUUAAACAGCUUUCUGAAUUUAAACAGCUUUUUGAAUUUAAACAGCUUUCUGAAUUCGGUGGUCAUUGUAAAUGAACAACUCUGAAUUCCAUAGACUGAAAUACGGCUCCCACAGUGCAAGAAGAUUGUGCUGAAUUCAGCAGUGUUAUUGGAAUACAGCUCAAAAUAAGAUUCUAUUCCCGCACUGUUUGAGCAAUGUUAACGUAGAAGAUCAGCAAGGUUCACAACGACCAUCCAGAAGUGAUAUUCAUCACAAGUGAUGAGGUGCACAUUUUAUAGGACUUCAGUGCAUAGUAGAGAAUGAUUCAAUCAAAUGCUGUUACUAAAUGUAAUAUGAAUACUUACAGAUCUGUCAAAAUUGCAUUUAAAAUGUAUCAAACUA